UAUAAGCACAAUCAAGUCCGCAAGAGUCGACGGCUCUGCUAUUGAUAUCGCUCGCUAAAAACACACGACUCUCACAGGAUGGCAGCCAGGGUCUCAUCGAUUUUUAUAUACCCAGUAAAGUCGUGUCGCGGAAUCUCACUUCUCCGAGCACCGAUCACUGCUACCGGGUUUCGUUGGGAUCGGCAAUGGGUUGUUGUAAAUGCCAAAGGGAGGGCAUGCACUCAAAGAGUUGAACCAAAACUUGCUUUAGUUGUGGUGGAGUUGCCAAGUGAAGCUUUUAUAGAGGGUUGGGAACCUACUCAGAGCUCAUAUAUGGUCUUAAAGGCACCAGGGAUGAAUAUGCUCAAGGUUUCUUUAAGUAAACCACAGGAAACAGCAGAUGGUGUCUCAGUCUGGGAAUGGUCUGGCUCUGCAUUGGAUGAAGGGGAUGAAGCUUCACAAUGGUUUUCAGAUUUUCUUGGGAAGCCCUACCGGCUAGUUCGAUUUAAUACUGCAUCAGAAACUAGGCCUGUGGAACCUGAAUAUGCUCCUGGACACAAAGUCUUAUUUUCUGACAUGUAUCCAUACUUGCUGUUGUCUCAGGGAUCAAUGGAUGCACUAAAUGAGCUUCUCAACAAUCCCAUACCAGUUAACCGUUUUAGGCCCAACAUCCUGGUAGAUGGUUGUGAACCAUUUGCUGAAGAUCUAUGGACAGAGAUCAGGAUAAACAAUUUCACAUUUCAGGGUGUCAAGCUAUGCUCCCGCUGUAAGGUCCCUACAAUCAAUCAAGAGACUGGGAUUGCAGGCCCGGAGGUAAGUGAAACUCUCAAGGCAUUCCGGUCAGACACAGUCUUGCGUCCAACUAAAAAACAGAAGGGAAAGGUCUACUUUGGUCAGAAUUUAAUCUGGAAGGACUCUCUAACUGUGGCUGAAGGGAAAGGAAAGGUCCUCGAAGUGGGAGAUCCUGUUUAUGUUCUCAAAAAGGUUUCCUCUGCUAAUGAAGCAGCUGCUUGAACUAUAUACUUGAAAAUUAGAAAUGCCACGUAUUAUGGACAGAAAAGACCUGUCGUGUAGCAUAUUUCCUACAACUUUUUAAGGCAUGAUUCCAAAAGUGAAUAAUAAGGCGAUGAGAAA